AAGUACCUUGAAAGGAUGUUAAUGCAAAUGCAGAAAGAAAAAACUGAAGAUGAAUCCUCAAAAGCAAUCAGCAUUGAUUCUAAAACUUAUUGCAAACUGGGACAUUUCCAUUUAUUAUUGGAAAACUAUUCUAAAGCAAUGUCUGCAUACCACAAAUAUUAUAAUGAUGCAGAAACUAACCAUUGGAAAGAUGCWAAUUUUUUGUAUGGRCUUGGUCUUGUAUAUUUUCACUUCAAUUCAUAUCAAUGGUAA